UCCGCUUCCGUCUUCCGCUCGGUGCCGCGGGCUCGGUGCAGGGCGCCGCUGCCGGGGCCGCGGCCUUCUCCGCUGCCCGGGGCCGGUGCGAGCCCCGCGGGCACCGGCGGGAUGUGGCACGAGGCGCGGAAGCACGAGCGGAAGCUGCGCGGGAUGAUGGUGGAUUACAAGAAGCGGGCGGAGCGCAGGAGGGAGUACUACGAGAAGAUCAAGAAGGAUCCAGCCCAAUUCCUGCAGGUCCACGGCCGGGCCUGCAAAAUCCACCUGGAUUCAGCCGUGGCCUUGGCUGCCGAGAGCCCGGUCAACAUGAUGCCCUGGCAGGGAGACACCAACAACAUGAUCGACCGCUUCGACGUGCGGGCGCAUCUGGAUUAUAUCCCCAGCUACACCCCGGCCCUGCUGAACCCCAUUUCCCCGGAGCAGGAAUGUGACGAGAGGAAAUGCAACUACGAGCGGUACCGCGGCCUCGUGCAGAACGACUUCGCUGGCAUCUCGGAGGAGCAGUGUCUCUACCAGAUCUACAUCGAUGAGCUCUACGGGGGGCUCCAGAAGCCCAACGAGGAUGAGAAGAAGAAGCUCGCCGAGAAGAAAGCCUCCAUUGGCUACACGUAUGAGGACAGCACCGUGGCCGAGCUGGACAACAACGUGGAGAAGAGAGGGGAGGAGGAGGACUCGGAGGAGGACAGCAACACGGAUGAAGAUGAAGUCAUCCCUGACAUUGACGUGGAAGUGGACGUGGAUGAGCUCAACCAGGAGCAAGUGGCCGACCUCAACAAGCAGGCGACCACCUACGGCAUGGCCGAGGGGGACUUCGUCAGGAUGCUGCGGAAGGACAAGGAGGAGGCUGAAGCGAUUAAGAACGCCAAGGCUCUGGAGGAGGAGAAGGCCAUGUACUCGGGCCGACGCUCCCGGCGCCAGAGGAGGGAAUUCAGGGAGAAACGCUUGAAAGGGAGGAAGAUCAGUCCCCCCAGCUACGCCCGGCGCGACAGCCCCACCUACGACCCCUACAAACGCUCCCCCUCGGAAUCCAGCUCGGAAUCCCGCUCCCGCUCCCGCACUCCGUCUCCCGGCCACGAGGAGAAGAUCACCUUCAUCACCAGCUUCGGCGGCAGCGACGAGGAGGCGGCUGCAUCCGCGCAGGCCGGCGGCAUUCCCGGGAAAGGCCCCGCUCCCGGCAAAGCCCGUUCCGCCGCAGGGCAGCCGGCAGCAGGUCAUAGCGCCUCGUCCCGGCGCCGUUCCUCGUCUUCCUCCACGUCUCCAUCGUCCUCAUCCUCAUCCAGCUCCCGCUCCAGCUCCCGCUCUACCGAGGGGGGGGGGUACCACCGCUCCGGCCGCUACUGCCAUUCCCACGGCCGCCGCUAUUCCCGCUCUCGCUCCCGCUCCCGGCGCUAUUCCGGAGGGGGCUCUCGGGAUGGGCGCCGCCGCUCCAGGUCCUAUUCCCCGGAGCGGGGCUAUCGCUACAGCUCCCGCCGCCGAUCCAGGAGCCGGUCCCGCUCCGGGGAGCGCUCCCGGCGCCGGCACCACUGGAGCAGCAGCCGGAGCAGCCGGAGCCGCAGCGAUUCCCGCAGCCCCAGCAGAUCCCAGUCUCCGGUGCGGGACAAGCCUCCGCGCCCCACAGCAUCGCCCGCCGUGGGGGAGAAGCUGAAAAAGCCUGACAGUGCUGCUGGUAAAGAGACGGGAGCUGCCAAACCCAAACUGACGCCGCAGGAGAAGCUGAAGCUGCGGAUGCAGAAGGCGCUCAACAGGCAAUUUAAAGCUGAUAAAAAGGCAGCCCAGGAGAAGAUGCUGCAACAGGAACAUGAGAGACAGGAGCGGGAGGACGAGCUCCGAGCCAUGGCCCGGAAGAUCCGCAUGAAGGAGCGGGAACGCCGGGAGAAGGAGCGGGAGGAGUGGGAGCGCCAGUACAGCCGCCAGAGCCGGUCCCCGUCCCCCCGCUACAGUCGGGAAUACAGCUCAUCCCGCAGGCGCUCCCGGUCGCGGUCCCGCAGCCCCCACUACCGGCACUGAUGGAACGGAGCCGGUUCCCCACGGCAAAUAAAGAUGGAAAAGCUG